GAAAAAGGGGAAAAGGGGCUGGUGCGCAAAACCCUAGCACAGUCGCAUCCAUCAUGGCGAUGUCCAUCUUCGGCGGCUGCGUCGGCGGCGACUCCGGUGCGCUCAUCGCGCCGUCCGCGUCCUCGCUCCGCCCGCCGUUCCGUCUUGUCGCUGGUCCCAAGGGCCAUUUUUGUACUUUUCCUCAUGGAGCAUCUAGCAAUCACAGCCGGCUAUGUGUUCAACAUCAAAGGUGUUCUCGCAGCUCCACCCAGAACUAUGCUCUUUCUAGGAAGGAUUUUUCUCCUAUAACUCAAGAUGUGGAAGGCUUCCUUCACAAUGUUGUUAACAUGGGUUUUCUUGACCGUCUGAAAUUAGCGUGGAAGAUAAUGUUUUCUGCACCAACCACAAAGGAUACCUCCAAUGCAAACAUCGCAAAACAGAGGCUUAAGAUGAUCCUGUUCUCCGACAGGUGUGAAGUCAGUGAUGAGGCAAAGAAAAAGAUCGUGGAGAACAUCAUUGAGGCACUGUCUGAGUUUGUUGAGAUAGAAUCAAGGGAUAACGUCCAAGUGGAUAUCUCAACUGAUGCUGGCCUUGGCACCGUGUACUCUGUGUCAGUUCCUGUGCGCCGUGUGAAGCCAGAGUACCAGGAAUCUGAAGAGCAGUACAGAGGGAAAAUUGUUGGUGUCGACUUCAAGGACACUGGAGAAUCCUCAGGGAGCGUUGACGUCACCUUUGACUUCUUUGUACCCAAUGAGAACUAAUUCCCUGGACUUCUAUCAGAGUGUGGUCUGCAAUGUUUCAUCUGUUCGUUGAAUUUGUGAGCCCUCUGGGUAGAAAGUUAGAAUGCUUUGUUCUCUACAGUGAUGUAAAUAUCUAGGGUCCCUGUUUGCUCCAUGUUUCCUGUAAUUUGGUUCUGGAAUUUUGUCAGAGACCUGCGUUGGUAGGUUCUUGGUAAAACCAUAACUAUGUUCUCAUUGUUGAGAAAAUAACGUCCAGUUGCUGUCUUC